AUGACAUUUGGGAUCUCGGUGCUAACAUGCCUGGCCUGCAGGCCACAUCAGCAUGAGAUCAUCAAUGCAACGCUGCAGGGCAGGGAUGUUCUCUGCUUGAUGCCCACAGGUGGUGGCAAAAGCCUGUGUUACCAGCUGCCUGCGCUUAUCAGUGGAGGCCUGACUCUCGUUGUCAGCCCCCUGCUGUCUCUCAUCCAUGACCAGGUACUGGGUCUUCGCAGUCUUGGCAUCCCAGUAAUUUCUCUCAGCAGCCUCACUCCCAAAGAGGAGAUCACUGCAGCAUAUAAGCAGAUGGACUCAGAUACCGACAUCCGCUUUGUGUAUGUGACCCCUGAGCGAGUGGUCAGUGCCAAGCGCUUCAUGUCAAAACUGGAGAAGCUUUACAAGGCAGGAAGAUUGACACGCAUUGCCAUAGACGAAGCACACUGCUGCUCACAGUGGGGCAAUGACUUCAGGCCUGAUUACAAGAAGCUGGGAGUGCUGAAGCAGCAGUUCCCUGAGGUGCCAAUCCUGGCGCUGACAGCCACCGCAACAGACCUGGUGUGCCAGAGCAUAAAGGACAUUCUGCGCAUCAGCGCCUGUGAAUUUUUUCGCUCCUCUGUGGACCGACCGAACCUCUACUGGACGGUGAGGCAGAAGCCAGCGAAAGCAGAGGAUGUAACGGCCGACAUGAUCGCCUGGAUCAGAGGCAACUACCGUCUGACAGACUGCGGAAUCGUGUACUGCCAGACUCGCAAGGAGAGCGAGAGCCUGGCUGCUGAGCUGCGGCAGCAGGGCAUGCGCGCAGCCUGCUACCAUGCUGACAUGGCCGCUGGUGUCAGGGAGGCUGUGCACAGCCAGUGGAGCGCAGGUGAGGUGCAGAUCUGCGUGGCCACGGUGGCGUUUGGCAUGGGCAUCAACAAGCCAGACGUGCGCUUUGUCAUCCACCACAGCCUCUCCAAGAGCGUCGAGAACUACUACCAGGAAGCAGGGAGGGCCGGGAGGGACGGCGAGCGCGCGGUGUGCAUGCUGUACUACCGAUUUGCGGACGCGCUGAAGCAGGCGGCCAUGGUCAGCUUCGAGCCCGGCUGGGAGCAGCGCCUGGGCGCCAUCAUGCGCUACGCUGCCGCCUCCUCCACCUGCCGAAGGAGCCUCAUCUCCCGGCAUUUUGGCGAGGCGCCCGCAAAGUGCCACGCGAUGUGCGAUUGCUGCGCCCAGGCGGGCAGUGGCGCGGUGGCCGAGCGGCGGGGCGUGACGGAUGCGGCCGCGGCCGUCGCGCGCACGCUGGCCGACUGGCCGGCAGCCGAGAAACGCGCCACCCUCCUGCAGCUCAUCGACCGCUGGCGCGCCAGCAAGGCACGUUAUGCCAAGAUUGGCAAGGGGAUGUCCAGGGACGACAACGAGCGCGUCAUCGCGCAGAUGGUCUACGAUGGGUACAUCCAGUUUGACUUUGGGUACACUGCCUACGCAACGAAUUCCUACCUCAAGGCGACACAGCAGAGCUCCCAGCUUCUCCAAGGUGUGAUGCUCUGUCCCAUUUUAUAUUACCUGCUCCCUUCAAGAAGGGAAAAGUGA